AGAUGCCACGUACACCGGAUCCCCCACAGACCCCUGAGCUCCCCCGGGUUCCGCGGUUGCCCGGGAGGCUGAGGGGCGCGGGUCCCCGGGGCGGCUUAUGGGCGGGGCCUCGCGGGGAUUGGCCGCGGCCUGGAUACUUUGUAGCACCCGCACCUUCUGCGCUGCCCCGCGCCUCCUCGCCAGCCCCGGGUGCGCGCCAAGCACGUGCGCCAGGGCUGAAGCGGUCCCGGAGGAGUGGCCACGACCCAGCACAGGAUGCAGAGCUUCCUGACUCUGCUGAAGGAGCAUGAGGACACCCGCGCACCCCCAGCAGAGCUGGUAACCCUUGCUGGCAGACUGUGCCGGGAUUUCCAGGAUGACCUUGCCCAAGUGCAGCCUUUGGUCGCAGCCAUUCUGGACAGCCCGCUCCGCCUGCACCUGCUGGACAAUGCAGAUGUGGCCCUGGUGUGUGCUCGUGUCCUGGACCAGCAGGAGCAGCAGCAGGCAGCUUGCCGGCUCCUGGAGGGGUGCCAGGUGCCAGGAGGCAGCCAGGAGCUGGUGCAGCUCUGGAACGACAUCCACUACCAUCUGGUCAUGAGGAGGCUGGGCGUGGCUGCGCUCACCCCGGUGCAGAAGUUCCGCUGCAGGAAGAGGAACCCUCCACCCCCUUCCCUCUGCCCGGAGGGGCUGAAGAGCCGGAACUUCCCCAGAGAGGUUCGUGAGAAGCUGCACAAUUUCGCUGUGAGGGUGAACACCAACCCCAGCAAGACUGAGAGGGAGAACUUGGCAUUGGAGACAAGCUUGACCCCUGAGCAGGUGUACAACUGGUUUGCCAAUUACCGGCGCCGCCAAAGAGCCCUUCCCCAGCACGUGGAGCCAGCCCAGCAGGCCACAGCUGAAGACCCUGGUGCAAGGGAGAGGGGUCCUGACCUCCUGCAGCCCUCAGGCAACCCCCAUGUUGACUCUGGGUUUGUGGACAGGCCUCAGUGGUCAGAGGAACGUGAGGAAAAGGGGCCUCCACAGUCCCCACAGACCACCCAAGGACCAUGGGAGUCACUGGCCUUAGCCCCAGCCUUUCCUGCAGAUGAGACAGUCCCAAAGCCACUGGAUGUCAGGUCUCUGCCGGGUGGUGAGAUGUACCAGGAGGGGCCUGGCCAUGAUCCUGCCACCCUCCCCGUCUUCUGCCCUGGCCCUGGCCUCUGCCCUCUGGCUGCUGGCAAUGACAUGCUGGACCCCUCUCUGGCUGCCCCUGAAUCUUGGCUGAUGUCUCUUGCACUGGCGUCCUCCAAGGAAGUUUCCUUCCAGACUGGGCAGCUGGUCCACAGCCAUGGGCUAGACUUCAUGAUGGGCCCUGCAGACACCGCUGUGGCUGUGUCCAUUGCCACCCUUGGAGAUCCCAGCCCUACAGGGUUUGCUGGCCCCCCCAGUGGCUAUCCCCAGAGCGUGCAGUUGGAGGAGGGUCUGGGCACAAGCGGUGGACAGACAGAGCUACGGGUGGGCAGCUUCCUGGUGACGCAGCCCCCACUGCAAGCUCCUGAAUUCAUCCUCACCCAGAGCCCUCUGGAGCUGGCCCCAGCCCCAUCUGCCUUCCCCGGCCCUGUGUCUGCCAUGGAGCUGAGCCAGGCCCUGCCCUCCAGCCAGGUGCAGUGUUCCAACAGCCAGGCCUCUGGUGAUGCCUUCUGGGGGGCCAGGAUGCUCCUUGAGUUUUCAGGGAGCAGCCUGGGCUGAAGUAGCCUCGGGAGCCAGGCGGCACCCCAGGAGGAGCAGGUGUGGAUGGUCUGGCUGGUCAACACAAGGAGUUGCAGAGCUUUAUCCUGAAUACAAAAUGAAGGUCCCUAGAGUUCCCCUGGGGGCUCUGCUGAAAAGCAUUGAUUCUUUCCCACUGCCAUGUUUGAAUAGUUUGGUUGGCAAUUCCCUGUAGUUGAGAAAUGUUCAUGGGAUCAGAAGUCACAGGUGUCCCACUCAGGCAGCUCUGGAUCAGUCAGGCUCCGGAGCACUUGUGGGCAGAGAAGGCCAUUCUAGAGAGGGGAGUGUUCCACUGCUGGCUGCCUUGCCAUCUGCCCAUGCACAAGGCCAGACUUCUCCACCAAGUUAACUGAGUGAGGUAUGAGGAGUGUCCUGAGAUUUCUGUGUGUAGGGAUUUCGAGUACUGGGAGGCAAACCUGUCUGCGAAUGGCCCAGGCAGGGCAGAGUAGGCUGGGUUUUCCCUUCAGGUUGUAAUUCACUGUGUCUAUGACACAAAUGUUGUCAAUUAAAGUUUAAUGUUUUGAACUGCC